AGCACUUGCUCUCACAGUGUGAACUAGAUAGGAGCUGACCGGCCACAGCUUGCUGGGGAUGGCUGCAAUGUAAAGCGCAGUGUUAGUAAAUAGCGUGAAUAAUUAGAAACGGUGCAAUGCUCGGUGCUGGUAAACGUGAUUCAUAUCCAACACAGGCGGGAGGGACUGGGAGGCGGCCAUUGCUGAGGCUCUUCCUGGGAGAGGCCUCGUCUUAUCCGUCCCAUGGACGUUACUCCUCCCAUCCCUUGGGCGGCACAGGCACCACCACGUCUGUACAGCUGCGGCCCGGUGGCAGUCAACGAAACAGCAGGAUGGGAUCAGAAACGGCACAACAGCACCAUCCCUCCAAUGGCAAGAUCAUGGGCAGAAUAUGUCCCUUAAGCUUUGGGCUGAAGUUGGAUACUAUAUUUCCUUUUCAAGGGCAAUAUCGCCCAUUUGUAGGACAACCCUGUCAAACAUGCAAUCCCAAAAGUAUGGAGACCUUCUUCUACAAGAGGAACACGCAUCUUGGAUUUCAUAAUGCACUUCACAUAACAGAGGAGGACACGCGGUAUCGUGGCUGGUUAGUGAGAAGACUAUGCUAUGUCUUCUUUAUGUGGGAGCGUCCAGCAGACCAAGACUUCUCAGAAAUGACAGAACCUAUCUACAACCAUCCCAGUGUCCAGUCGGCAAUAAAUGAAGAACUUCAAAUGGAAUCAGAUGUUAAACAUGCACAUUCUGUGAGUACGGCUACCAGUAAUAUAGGUCACAAGGAGGUGCUAAGAAUUUUGGGAAACAUCCAGAAGUCUCUUUCACCUUUUCUUAUAAGAUUAACACGCUGGAUACUCGUGAAGCUACUCAACCGUAUGUAUCUGAAUCUCCAGCUCCAUUGUGGGCAACUGGCUACAAUCAAGGAUGUCUCUGAUGCGUGUCCUAGGACUCCCCUUGUCUACCUGUGUGCUCAUCCUUCAUGGCUGGAUGGCUUCAUUGUCCCUUUCCUCCUAUUCUCCCAAAAUAUCAAAGUGCCCCGUGUAGCCUGGGACAGGACUGACUGCUCACCAUUACUCAGGUGUGUCCUGCAGAAGUUGGGAGCCGUCUUUCUUCCACCAGAUGUUUGGUCCAGGUGUCUCAGCAGAACUGUCCUAUCUGCGUAUACCAGGACACUGCUGAAAGACGGACAGUCAUUGCUGGUGUUUCUGGAGUCCUCAUCCUCCCCAUGCUGCCACACCUUGUCGCUCAUUGGGUGUGAGUGGGUUUGGCAGAUAAUGGAAGCCAUGCAGUCUGGUGUCGUGUCAGACAUUCUUAUUGUUCCAGUGGGGAUUUCCUAUGACACAAUCCCAGAGUGUGCCAGUGCAGGAAGAAAGCCGGAUUCGUUUUUAGGAGUGUUGUUCUUCCUCACGUCUGCUCUCUGCCCCUGGUCACGCACUCUGGGCUGUGCACGUGUGGAUUUCGCUCAGCCCUUUUCCUUACAGGAAUACAUAAAUAACUACACAUGGAGGUACAUGGAACCUGCUCCUUGCCUGCGGGAGACUCUCCAGCCUUACAUCCUGGGUACAAGGAAAACGUUACAUGACAAUGCGGCACCAGUGAGUGGAGAUCCAGGCGCAGCUGCUGUCCAGGAAGAAACCUUAGUAAAUGGCUUCAUACAGCAUUCUCUCAGAGCAGCAGUGUCCUGUUCGGCUGUCAUGUCUUCACACAUGGUGUCCGCACUUCUCCUCCACAAAUACAGAGCUGGGGUCUCUCUGUCCAGACUCCUUUCCCAAUUCUCGUCAAUGACAGAAGAUAUUCUCCUUCAUGGGUUUGAUGUGGGAUUCUCCGGACAGCGAUGGGACGUGCUCUGUCACAGCCUAUACAACCUCCGCCGUUGUGUCUCCCUGUACUCUGUCCCUUCAAAUGACACAUAUGUGCUUUGUCGAGGCACCCAAGCCAGUAUCAGAGAACUGGGGCAAAAGAGUGCCGCCCUGCUGUCCGUCUUCCUGUACGAAGCUAUAGGAGCCUGCGCUGUGCACGCACUUCUGGCCCAGCUACCCACUCUCUGCCUGGUGGAGAUCUUAUUUACCCAAAAUGAGCUGAUUGAAAUGAUGGUGUCUCUCUGCUCCCUGUUACCGAAAAAUAUCCUGCUCCAGCCGCCUUGUCGGUCUCUGUAUGUUUUGUGCCAGGACAUCAUGGACAAACUGAUUCACUGUGGUCUCCUGUCUAUGUAUGAGGACCCCAGUGCAACCCCAGCCUGUGACACAGGGAGAAGGCGUUUUAUGGACAGACUGACAUGGAAAGCCAUGGAUGAGAUGUCAGACAGUGACAUAGACUCCAUGGAAGAAACCAUUAAGCGUCACUACAAGUUGGGCCGCUCGGAUCAUCACGCCGACUUCUUUGUCUUUCUUUGUCACCUGCUGAGUCCAGUGCUGAAGACCUAUGAGAGGGCUGCCAUUUUCCUGCAGGAGUAUGAGUUAUGUGGACAUGACACAGAGACCGACUAUGUGAACCGGCUGCAGUCUUACCUGCUGCAGAAAGCUGAAGAGGAUGGAUCCUACGAGUGUGCUGAGCAUUCUCUGGCUGCCUGUGCUGUUAGAACGUUCAUAGAUCUUGGGGUCUUUGAGUGUUCUCAGAGUUGUCAUGGACCAAUAAUUCACCUCUCAGAGUCCUUUCUCCUGAAGGAAAACUGCAAGAAACUGGAGUCAUUCAUCCAGCGGUUUAUAUACAAAGGAUGAGUAGUAUUAAUGUGGAAUGUGUAAAUAUCAUCUGUUAGAACAUGGAUAGGACAGAUGCUUGAGAGAACCAGUGUAAAACUUGUUUGUAUGAUGUUGAAAUUUGAGUUUCAGUGCAUUUCAAUUUUUUAUUAUUAUUUUAUUUCCCUGUGGGUCCAGAUUGUUGGCAGUUGAUUUAGAAUAGAAAAUUACUGAAGUGUAGAGUUUUUUUUUUUUUUUUUUUCCUGCUUAAAAAUUAGUCUAUUAUUACAACCCAGGAUCGUUGUUGUGUGGACUUGAAGGCUUUCAUGUUCCAUCAGGAAACCGUCUUUUCUGUUAAUAGAAUGUGAUUUGUUCUUUAUUAAACCUCUUGUACACCUC